AUGGCUGAAAAACGAAAGAAGGUUGUGUUAACGAUUCCACAAAAAAUAGAAAUGAUUUCUAAAAUAGAAAAUGGCGCAUCAAGAAAGCAGAUGUGUUUACAAUACGGGAUUGGGGAAACAACAGUGCGAGAUGUUUUAAAGCAAAAAGAAAAGUUAUUGGCUUUUGCAACAGUUUCAAACAGUGUUUCUGGAAUGAAAAAACGAAAAACAAUGAAGAAAUCCACGUACAGUGAACUUGACUCGGCAUUAGCGGAGUGGCUAGCUCAAGAGCGAAGUGAAGGCACUCCUGUAUCCGGUCCUAACAUUGCAGCUAAAGCAAAAGUCUUCUUUGAUUUGUUAGGACUGGAAGGAAAUUUUGAUGCGUCGUCCGGUUGGUUACAUCGUUUUAAGAAACGUUAUGGAAUUAGGGAGAUAGGUCUUCAUGGGGAAAAGCUGAGCGGUGAUCAACAAGCAGCUGACGAUUUUCAACGUGAUUUUGAAAAGUUUGUAAUGUCGGAAGAUUUGUCACCAGAACAAAUUUAUAAUGCUGAUGAAUCAGGGCUUUUUUGGAAGUGUCUUCCCACUCGCACUUUAGCAUUUGAAAGUGAACAUAAAGCGGCAGGACACAAAAGUAGCAAGGAAAGAAUCACAAUCUUGCCAUGCAGCAAUGCUGCUGGUACCCACAAACUGAAACUUCUUGUAAUCGGUAAAUCUAAGAAACCAAGGUCUUUUAAGGGGACAAGAGCAGACAAUUUACCAGUCGAUUAUUUCAAUCAAAAAAAAGGUUGGAUGAACCAGCAGAUUUUUCAAGAAUGGUUUGAAAAGAUUUUUGUGCCUCAAGUACGUAAACACCUUGAUUCAAAGAAUUUACCAAGAAAGGCCGUUUUAUUAAUUGACAACGCGCCUUCACACCCUGCCGCAAGUGUGCUUAAAUCUUCUGAUGAACAAAUUUUUGCAAAGUUUUUGCCCCCAAAUGUUACUGCGCUCAUACAGCCUAUGGACCAGGGGGUCAUUGCAACUGUGAAGAGGAUAUACAGAACAAAGUUGGUAAAAACAAAAAUUGAAGAAGGUUACGAUUUUAAGCAGCUUUGGAAGAUGUAUACAAUUUUGGAUAGCAUUUACGAUAUUGCGUUUGCAUGGGAUUGUAUUAAACCGUCAACCCUCGUCAAAUCGUGGAGAAAACUCUUUCCAAAUAUUGAAGUAAAUGUCAACCAAAACAUUGGUGAAGAACAUAAUGAAGAUAUGCCUAUCGCUGCACUUAUUGACUUAGUGACAUCCGUUCCGGGAGGUGAGAAUGUAAAUCAAGAAAACAUAGAAGAGUGGCUGGAAUGUGACAAAAAUGAGCCAGGGUUUGAACGACUAUCUGACGUAGAAAUAACAAACAAAGCAAUGGGAGUGAACGAAGAAAACGAAGAAAUUGAAAGUGAAGAAGGCGAGGUGCUUGCGCGGAUGACACAUGAAACUGCUUUGCAGCAUGUAGACGGAUUGCUUCAAUAUUUAGAGGAGCAAGACGACGCACAUCUGGCAGAAAAACUUAUGCUAAGGAACGUACAAUCCAGAAUAAAGAAAAGGUGCUUCCAAAGCAAGAAGCAAAAGCUAGUGACCGAUUUUUUUAAAAAGAUGUAA